GAGCGAGUCUGCGAAGCAAAAGCGAACCGUGAGGACGUACAGAUUUUCCUGGUGGUCUGGUGUGGCUCUUUUGACCAGUUUAGUAGUCGCGAUUUUUUUUGUGUAUGGUGAGAGGAACUAACUGCUGCAAGCAAGAAUUCUUCUGGCUGCUGCUUGGAACUUGUUUCGAGGUUGCGGCGCCGAGUGAGUAUAGAAAAAAAAGUGGUGGCCCCAACUUUGGGUUGGUUCGGCCUGGAAUUUGUGGCUGAAGCAUUGUGCGACCAUAUUUAAUUUUUGGGGCCCUGUUGUUCCGGAAUAUUGGGUGUUGAUUCAAGUGGAUGGAAGAGGAAGAAAAACCUACAAGUGAGAGGCGUUUUCCGUAGAGGCUGCCAUCUUGGACUUCCGCCGGGACUCGCCACGGACGGGUGUGGAUGGAAUUUGGGGUUCGGCGACUCGGAAGCAGAAUAAUUCACUGUGUGAGAUUGGGUAGUUUAAUGGUUUCGGUAUAAGGCAAGCUUGUUUGAAAUUAAACGAGAUAACAAGGGUCGAAGGAAGUGUUCCAGACCUGGUUCAGAUCAGAUCGGGAAAGACAAUUCCGUUAGGUUCCCUAGGGGGGUGAAAAGUAUUUCUUGGUUCGGUGUUCAUCAUUUGGAAUCGGGUUAAUCCAACUCCAAAAGCUCCCCCGAAAAAAGUGGGUAGCGAGCUUCGCUUCCAGACACGGAAGGUUGCCUUCGAUUUGAUUUCGACUGCCAGUCAAGUCAACCAGAGGGAGGAAUACGAGAAGGAAGAAAGGAAGGCAGCAAAAAAAAAAAGAAUCCAAGUCAGAAACCACACGACAAAGAGGGAAAAGAAAAGCUGCUGCUGCUGCUCUUGUGAUUCCGGCUCUGGUUUGGCCAUUUUUCGUGUGUGGAUGGCAGAGAAAGAAGAAUUCCUGGUGCUUUGGUGUGUGUGAUUCGUGUUCUUCCGAAGGUUUUCGAAGCCAGGAGAAGGCAGCAAAAGAAGUCUAAAUUUAAUUAAAGGAAGUGAAGAUUGUGCGGUUUACAGGAGAAUUGUCCGCCUUGGAAGAAGAAAAAUCUCGACGCGUUCCUGUGCCCAAUUUCCGGGGAAUGUUUCAAAAAAUGAAGUUCCAAAUCUGCUGCUAGGGAGGGACUUGCUCGGGAGUGUCAAAAUUGAAAAGUAUCAGGGGGGCAAGGGGAAGAAGCAGCUGGUGACGACGCGGUGCCCUUCUUCCGGCACCCACCAGAGUUAGGUCGGGUUGUGUGUGGGAACAAUCGAAGCCGUGGAAGCGAAGAGUGGAGGAGAAGCAAAAUGGGAGCACAACAAGUGAAGGAACGUUCCUCGGCUGGCGGAGGAGGAGCUGGAACGGGAGGAGGAGGAACCGGUGGCAGCACCAUUGGAGCCGGGAUCGGUUCAGCGUCCUCGCUCGGUGCUGGAAGCUCCAUUCGAUCCAGCCGGAACAAGCCUCGGGUGCCGAAAGAUUCGCGUAUACUGGGGUCCAACAUUUUCACGGAACAUAGUGAAGCGUUGCUGCAAUCCCGCCCACUGCCACAUAUUCCGCCACCGGGCAGUUUGCUCCCAACCGAUUUGCUCGGCCAGAACCAGGAUGGGUCGGAAAACCACACCGGAACGAUGCACUCCCAGGGCAGCUCCAACACGGCCCAGUCCAGCUUCGAGAAUGCACACCGAUGGACGUCCAAAGAAAAUUUGCUGGCGCCCGGACCGGAAGAAGACGAUCCACAGCUGUUCGUCGCCUUAUACGACUUCAAGGCCGGAGGCGAAAAUCAACUGAGCCUCCGGAAGGGUGAACAGGUGCGGAUACUUUCCUACAACAAAUCCGGGGAGUGGUGCGAGGCACAUUCCGAUUCCGGCCACGUCGGUUGGGUUCCUUCCAACUACGUCACACCGCUAAAUUCCUUAGAAAAGCAUUCCUGGUAUCAUGGGCCGAUUUCGCGAAACGCCGCCGAAUACCUGCUCAGUUCCGGUAUCAACGGAAGCUUUCUGGUCCGGGAGAGCGAAAGUUCCCCCGGGCAGCGUAGUAUAAGUUUAAGGUACGAAGGUCGCGUCUACCACUACCGGAUAUCGGAAGAUUCGGACGGGAAGGUGUACGUGACGGCGGAGGCUAAAUUUAAUACCCUGGCGGAGCUGGUGCACCACCAUAGUGUGCUACACGAGGGACACGGACUGAUUACGCCGCUGCUCUAUCCGGCGCCAAAGCAAAACAAACCCACGGUGUUCCCGCUGAGUCCGGAACCGGACGAGUGGGAAAUCUGUCGAACUGAUAUUGUGAUGAAACAUAAACUGGGUGGUGGGCAGUACGGGGAAGUGUACGAGGCUGUGUGGAAACGGUAUGGUAAUACGGUGGCGGUCAAAACGCUCAAGGAGGACACGAUGGCACUGAAGGAUUUCAUCGAAGAGGCUGCUAUUAUGAAGGAAAUGAAACACCCGAACCUGGUGCAAUUGAUAGGUGUCUGUACUCGAGAGCCCCCUUUCUACAUCAUCACCGAAUUCAUGAGCCAUGGCAACCUGCUGGACUUCCUGCGCUCGGCUGGCCGAGAAACGUUGGAUGCGGUAGCGCUGCUGUAUAUGGCCACCCAGAUUGCAUCGGGCAUGAGUUACCUGGAGAGCCGUAACUUCAUUCAUCGCGAUUUGGCAGCACGAAAUUGUCUCGUCGGUGAUAACAACCUGGUCAAGGUGGCGGAUUUCGGGCUGGCCCGAUUGAUGCGAGACGACACGUACACAGCCCAUGCCGGAGCAAAGUUCCCCAUCAAAUGGACCGCACCGGAGGGUUUAGCGUAUAAUAAAUUUAGCACCAAAUCCGAUGUGUGGGCGUUCGGUGUGUUGCUGUGGGAAAUUGCCACCUACGGAAUGUCCCCCUAUCCGGGCAUCGAUCUGACGGAAGUGUUCCACCGGUUGGAGUCCGGCUACCGAAUGGAGCGUCCCCCCGGGUGUCCACCCGAAGUGUACGAGUUGAUGCGGAAGUGCUGGCAGUGGAACGCCCAGGACCGGCCGACCUUCAAGAGCAUACACCACGACCUAGAGCACAUGUUUCAGGAAUCGUCCAUCACCGAGGCAGUAGAGAAGCAAUUGCAGGGUGUAUCACAGCCGGUCCAACUGACGCCGCAGCUGGGCAAGAAGCCCCAGAUGGGGACGCAACAGCAGCAGCCGCAACACGAACCGGCCAUUACCCCGAUUUCCGAUACUGGUUCAAGUUCGAAGCUCAGUACGUUUACAAACAAGACAUCGACGGCUGGGGUUCAGAUGAGAAGGACAACAAACAAACGUGGAAAGACGGCACCGGCUCCUCCAAAACGGACCAGUCUGCUAUCGUCGAGUCGCGAUUCGACGUACCGGGACGAGGACGGCAAACUGGGUGACGGCGAACAGAACUCAAACGGAUUUUCGAGGGAUCUUGCUAAUCUUGUCAACAGAACGACGGAUUCGGAAAACGAGCAAACAGAAAUCACGCCCGAUACGGACACCGAUAGUCAGGAACCUGGCGUAGGACACUUCCAGAAAUCAACUUCUCAGCAAAGUUCCUUCAAACGUGUUCCAAUCAUGGGCAACAGAGGCUUGGAAACGCGCAGCAGCAAGCGAUCGUUACCACAACAGGGAGCACCCCGAAGAGACCCCGCUACGCUACCACCGGGAGGAAGUAGUGCUCCCCCGCAAGUUGUGUCGCUGAACGCACUCGGUUCGCCGGUAGUUUGUGCUCUGGAAGUACAGAAUGUAAAGAAAGCUACCAAUAGAUAUGGAACGCUUCCAAAGGGAGCUAGAAUUGGGGCUUACUUGGAGUCCUUGAGACAGGGUGAUGGAACGGUGAUUGCUGUAGCUGGUCAACAGGGAGUAAAUUCGGUUCCUCCAGAUCCUCCACCACCGAUGGCUGCCGCUAAUGUUAUCUCCAAUAGCCUACGAACGGCUGUCAAGACACAACAGCAACUCCAACCGCAGAUGAUUCGAAGCAAUUCGUCCAGUGGAGUCACCAUGGCAAAUACGGCCAGCGCCAGUCUUUCCAAACUUCAACGGCAUAGAACCACAACGGACGGUUCAAUGAUGACAUUUUCCUCUUUUCGUGGUACGGUAGGCAACAACAGUCCAAAACGAUCUCUUCCACCUACCCUUGCUGAUCUUGAGUUUCCUCCUCCACCCGCGGAUUUACCACCUCCUCCAGAGGAAUUCGAAAUCCAUCAGCUCAAUAGUUUACCCUUAGAGAAACAAAUGAAACCAUCGAAUGACGUUUCGAAUACAGAACCAAGUGUAGAAGAGGCAAGUUCUCGCUUUGGUGUUAGUUUGAGACGAAGGGAACCAUCGACCGAUUCCUGUAGUUCUCUUGGUAGUCCAGCGGAUGCUUUCGCUCAGAACAAUGAACCUCCUCCACCACCACCAAGUUUCAAAGAAAAGCUUGCUGCCGAAAUCAAGGAAAAAGCAAAUGUGCCAAAGCCAGCUAUCGAGAAUAACCACAAAAUGCAUGCCGACCCAGCUUCACAAUUAGUCAGUGAACUGGCGGAAAGCAUCAACUUUCCCAAACCCCCUCCUCCGUUACCGCCAAGCGACAGUGCUAGUCACUACAAGUCCUCGGACAUUAGCUCGCUGCGCAAAGGAAAACCUUCCGAAAACAAUAGCAUGGCUGCUUCGCAAACUUCUUUCAAGGCACAGCUGAAGAAAGUCGAGCCAAAACGAAUGCCUAAUCCCAUUCCCAAGAAAGAAGAAACGAGUAACAUUAUCGACUUCAAGUCUAGAUUGCGCAAGGUGGACAAUUCCAACGAGGCAGCCGUCACCAGCAAUGGAACUGGAAGUGGAGAGCGUAACUCUGCCUCCGGUAACUCGGAUUCUAGCUCGGACAAUAAUAAUAAACACCAUAGUACGAAUAAUAACAGUAAUAACAUUCUCAAUAACAAUCAAUCUGUUGCAAAUGAACAUCAGUCGAGUGACAACGAAGGCAGAGUGAAAAGAGGGGAACAUCUACGGAAUGGAACAAGCAAGAACGGCACAGUCUCAGAUUCUUCCACCAAUAAAUUGCUGCUAGAAAAUGAGCUGAAUUCGUUGAAACUGAAAAAAUCAUCUGCACCGGUGGUGACAACUGUUGCUCCAAUCGAUAGUAAUAAGAUAAUCGAGCUGAAAAAGACUGAAAUCAAAAUUGAACUUAGCCAGGACGACAGGAAGCGGGAAAGUCUCGAGGGAAACUCACUGAAAGCGGAAGGUACCAACAGUGGUAGCGAUAAUUUAUCUACCGGAAGCACCGGAACAGGAGACGAAAGUGACAAACGAAAGAGCACUGGAAGUAUUAGCAGUUUGAAGAAACUCUGGGAAGCGAAGGAAACCCCCAACGAUCAGAAUGCUCAAUUGAGUCCCAAGCUGGGAGUAAAAAGCGUUACCAAUGCAAAGAUUAACAAUAAUCCCGAUGAUGAACCGAGCGGUGUAAAUAGUUCCCAUGUAACGACAACAACGAACAGUAAUUCCAGCCAUCACGAUGACCAAACCUCAUCGCAUCAGGUGUCUACCAAAAAACCGGCCGUCCCGGUUAAACCAUCCAAAUUUUCUUCGAUCUACGCGACGCCGGUUCAGAAUCAAAUACCCAGUCCCGUUAUGAUAAACACCAACAGCAGCAAUAACACCAACAAUACCACGGCAUCCAAAUCGAACGAUAGCAACAGCUCGCUGCUAUCGGAAAAAUCUACGGCUUCCUCCUCCUCGGCACCCUCGUCGACGGUCAGCCGGGAGGGUAUUCUAGAGCUCAUAAACAUACUCGAGGGCAGUCUGAAAAUUCCAGUCAAUUCCAUCUCGGCCUCCCAGUGGCUGCAGCUGAGCGAGCGCUUCAACUCACUCCAGUCCUGCUGUGUUACCUUUGCCGACAACGAAACGCUUCCACCGCACACCAAGUUUCACUUCCGGGAGCUGGUCACCCGGGUGGAGAACCAGUCUCUCUCGCUGCGAUCGGCCGGCAGCAAGAACGUGCAUGACAACGAGAAACUCGUGCUGGAAGUCGGUCAAUCACUGAAGCAAAUCUCGAACGCGCUGCACAGGAACUCUGGAAGCAAUCAACCUCCUCCCUACGUUAUGAUGAUAAGCUAGGGGACUCACUUUUGUGUGUACUUGCACAAAAGCAAAUUGACUGACCCCCAGAUUGAGUGAUUGACUGACCAGUGCGUUUCAAGUCCGAUCAAGCAAAACAGAAAAUAAGAAUGCUAAUAAUAUAUUUAUUACCUUAUACUAACAAUCAGUAUCAGUGGAAUACAGGUAUUAAUUGUCUUGGCUAGAAGCAAAUAGAGAGCGAUAUUUUGAAACAUUAUUUUUGAUACGUUUGAUUGUGAGAAUAAAUUUGUUUAUGAUUUGUAAAACUUAAUCUACUCAUGAAGAGUGCGAAAAUAAAUAUGCAAUCGCAAUUGUACACCAACAUCUCUGGGGACGCAGUUCCACAUCAGAAAAUUGAAGAAAACGACAACCAUUCUAUAGUGAAACCAUGAUUCGAUGCCAUAAGGAAUGAAAUGAAGCCAUGCUAGAGGUAUGGAUCCAGGAAAUAGGAAACGAAACUUUCAAUAUGUUUGGAUUAUGCCCAUCACCUAUUAAAACCCCAUUUAUACGACGAAUAAAUCUCUUAAAACAAAUAUAUUUUGAAGCCAUGAUCAAACAUUGCCGUCGCAAAGGAGAAAACGAUUGAAUUUAAAUAAAUGUUCGAAUAAACAUUUUAUACGCUCAAUAAAAUUGCCAAAUAUCGAAAUAAACUUAUAUUUUUACUGAUUUUAAUCGUUGGUCUAAUAGGUUUUAAUAAAACAAAAAAUCAAACAAAAGAGAAUGGUAAAAUAAGGAUGAAGAACAUCAGGACUGACAUUCUUUUCAUAAGAAAAGUUUUUAAAAUCAAAAAUUUCAAGGCGAUCGUUUAAUAUAGUUUAGAAGCUUUGAAACUUUUUCAAACAGUUCUUAAAAUCACGUUUUGUUCAACAACUGAAUUCGAGCGUCUCUAAAGAUUUUUAAUAAAUUGUAUGCCGUAAACAUUUCAUGGCAGCAAAACCACGCUAUUAUCACCACCACUUUAAGCCAAAGAGCUUAAGACUUUGUUUUUGUUUUACGUUCAUAGAAAGUCAGAAUCCCUCACGCUACUCCAAUUACUUUAAGAUACCGCAAUCACGUAACAUCAUCCUCUAUAAUGACAGAAUUUAAUGCUUUGUCGUGUUGUGAUCCUCUGAAGUAUCAAACACAAACUUGAUUUUUCGUGCACUAUUAUAAGUUAUUUAAAACAAUCUAUUUAUUAGGAAUAACACAUUAAAAUGCUAGUCGUAUCCAUUUAUGCAUAUACCUAUUAUCGAAACAAAAACAUAGUGUUAACAACCCAAUCAAUCCACAAAAACGCAUAUUCAAAUUCUAAGCAAAAUGAUUGCAAAAAACCAAGUGAAGUGAAUGAUAUUCCAAUCGACGAAAAGGAUGCUUUCUCUUGAGUAAAUUUGCGCCAAGCAGCAGCUUAUCAGCGUUAUAUUCUUAGUCUGUAAAAUGCUAGCGUCUCUCUUCAGUAAACCAAAAUAAUGAUAAAUGAAAACAAAAUCUUGCUAAAGUAAAACUUAUCGAAAAACAAGCUAGAGAACAUUGCAAACCUAAAUACCAUAAUCAUAAACACACACACAAACACAAACGAAUCGCAGGAUUGUAUUAUAUAUAUUUUAGAUAAACCAGCAUCAUAUACUUCAAACAUUCAUUAACCAUCAACCAUCAUGUCGUCAUUCUAAUUCACGGAUCGUUCUCAUCAAGCAGAAAUAUGCUUACGCAAAGAUAUUAUGUCUAAAACAAACCAAUAAAAAUCAAAAAAGAUGUGAAAGAGGCGCAGUACGCAAUUGUGUUUGUGAGUGAUCGAAGAAUGAAUGCUGAAGAUAGAUAAGUGAUUACAUACAAUUACUCAUUGGAUAACACAGAAAACUAUAUAGGUGUGUAGCAGUGGCUCUAUCGUAGAAUGUCAAAAAAAACUAUUAUCAUAAUAUCCAGGAUGAAGAUCGAAGAAACAUGAAGCAACAAGGAAACAGCCCAAGUGAAAAUACGUGAUAUAAUAUGAACACAGAACACUAAUAUCUACACUAAACAAACUUAUAUUCUCUUGAGACACUUGUGUGUGUAUGUAUACACCGGAUAAAAAAAAACACUAUGGUAUGGUUGGAAUACGAACGAACCACAUCCGCGAGCGAAAUGCAAAAGAAUUCGUAAUAAAACAAAACAAUGUAAUCGGUAAUAAAAGCAUAUUGCCCGAGGGCUGAAUUAUAAUACUA